AUGUUAAGCCCAUCAUAAUAUUAACAACUGUAAAGGUUAUCUCCUUAAAGAGUGAAUAUGCCAGGAAUGUCUCGAGUGGUAAUAAAUCUUAUAAAUGAAGCCUGCCUUUGUUAAGACUAGAGAAGUUCGAAUGCCAUCUCCUACUAAAUAAUACUCUCCUACAAAAUAUGUAAUCCAUAAUCCUCCUUUGUACAUGAGAUCUCGAAUGGCUAGCACUGAAGAUAUUCCAUCAAUACCUUCAGAAUCCAAAAAUAUCAAUAAUGACAGAAAGUAUUCUAUGCAUAUUGAUCCAAAAACAUAAUAAAUAUCUCAUCUCAAUGAAAUAAUUCAAUAGCAAUAAUAAUAGAUCUUGACUUAGGAGAGCAAAGUGGCUCUACUUUAGAAUGAAGUGAAUGCUUGGAAACAAAAGUUUAUUGAACUCAAUCAGAAAUAUCACUAAAUGUAAGAAAAGUACUAUCUUGCUGAUACUGAAUUAUAACAUUAUAAAUAAUAAUGAGUGAAAAUAUUGAUGAACACAUUCUCAAAAAAUAUGAAGUCAUCUAACGUAUUGGUAAAGGAGCCUAUGGAAUUGUAUGGAAAGCCAAAGAUCUUAAAACUCUAAAAAUAGUUGCACUCAAAAAAGUGUUUGAUGCAUUCAAUAAUCCUACUGAUGCUUAGCGUACAUAUAGAGAAGUAUAAUUAUAUACUCAAUAUGUGUUAGGUUACAUUCCUUAAAUAGCUGAAGCACCCAAACAUUGUUUCUAUUAUUGAAACUUAUCCUGCUAAUAACAAAAUAGAUCUCUAUAUUGUAUUUGAAUAUAUGGAAACAGAUUUACAUAUUGCCAUCAGAGCUAAUAUAUUAUAAGCAGAGCAUCGUCGAUACAUAACAUAUUAAUUAAUUAAAGCAUUGAAAUACAUUCAUUCAGCAGGAAUGAUACAUCGGUAAUUUAUUCAUAUUAAAAUUAGUGAUCUCAAACCUGCAAAUAUUUUGAUCGAUUCUGAAUGCUAAAUAAAAUUGGCUGAUUUUGGUCUAGCACGUAUGGUUGGAUCACAUGAUUCUGAUAUCUUAACUGAUUAUGUGGCUACAAGAUGGUUCAGAGCACCAGAAAUUUUACUAGGUUCAAAAUCAUACUCCUAUGGUAUUGACUUAUGGUCUGUUGGUUGUCUAAUAGGAGAAAUGAUUCUAGGAAAAGCUUUGUUCUCUGGCAAUAGCACCAUAAAUCAACUUGAAAAAAUAGUUGAUAUUCUAGGUAAUCCAAAUCAAUAGGAAAUUAUUGCCAUGGGAGGAUAAUCAUAAAUAUUCUAAAAUCAAUUCAGACCAUCGAAAUAAAAACUUAAUUCUUUACUUGGCUGUUAAAAAGAUGAAUUAGAUAUCAUUUCUAAAUUACUCCAGUAUGAUCCUACUAAACGAUUAAGCAUUGAAGAAUGCUUAAAACAUUCUUAUUUUAAAGAAUAUCGUAAUAUUAAAGAGGAAAUUACAUAUCAAGGAUCUAUUAUGCUUUAAUUGUAAGAUGAUAAGUAAUAUCCAAUCUCUACAUACAGAGAUGUUUUAUAUAAAAAAAUGGAUUAUUCAAGAAUCAUAUCAUUAGUUAAUAAACAAAAGAAAAUUGUUGAAGAACUUGCACUCAAAAAACAACAAUAAACUUUCAAGUAACUUAUUGAAUAAAAAAGUGCAUAAUCUAUAAAAUAAUAUAGAAGUACUAAAUUUUUGAAAAAUACUUAUUCAAAUUCAAAUCUAUUAGAUAAAAGCCCAUUAAAUAAAUCUUAAUAAUAAUAACAACAAUAAUAAUAAUUAUUAUAAUAAUAAAAUUCUACCUCUAAUAUCAAAAAUAAAUUAAGGUCUAUAUGUCAAUAAUCUGAAGCAAGACAAAGAAGUGCUAUAUCUAAAUAAUCUAAUUCUUCAUCCAAAUAUAAUAUACUUCAUAAUGUCACUAAUACUUCUUUAAGUCCACAUUCUGCAAUUAAUUCUAGGUAUUUGCCUAACAGGUUUCACCAAAAGCAUAAUGAUUUUUGA